GUGGCAAGUGGACGUUGUCUGCUCUCUCUCUAACUGUCGCCGUUGCCGUCGUCGUGUGCGUGUUCUUCGUAAUUUUUAGUUAACUGUGGUAACACGUUCCGCGACGUUCUUAACGUUUAUCGCAUCGGUCACUCUCUAUAUAUAUACGCAUAUAUAUGAGUAUGCGAGUGUGUGUUUGUGCCAGUUAGACAAUGAAAUAUUGAUAUCAUACACAACGCAUUAUUAACUUCAGAUACAAUCAGCGAGUCACUCGCUCUCGCUCUCGUUAAUAGCCAACGAGUGUCUGUGACCGAAAAGUGCGCAAUUUAUAAAUAAAAGAAAUAAAUUCAAAUCACAUUAAAGCAACUGCGAAUUUUUUAUACAUUUUUUUUACUGUGUGCAACGCAACAAAGCGAAGAAAGAGAAUAAAACAAAGAAACGAAGAAGAAGGAAAAACUGCAAUAAGAAAACAGUGAAAAACAACGACAAAAUGGGCCAACUGCAAAGGCAGCGAGUGGCUCGACUCGCCACACUACUCUACGUAAUGCUCUGCAGCUGUUUGACUAUAGAGUUAUGCAGCGCUCAGCAGGAGCCGAAGCUGCAGAUCUAUCCGACGCAGGAGGUGCAACGCAAGCCCGUUGGCAAGCCGCUAAUAUUGACCUGUCGCCCCAACGUGCCGGAUCAGGCCUUAGUUACCGAUCUCCAAUGGAAGGACAACAUGAAUAAUACCAUUCUGCCCAAGCCGAGCAAUUAUGAUCCACUCUAUGAUUCCAAGGGCAAUAAAAAGAAUGUCACGGGUCGCAACCAUCCACCGAUGUACACGGAGACGCUGCCCGGCGAAAGUUUGGGCCUGAUGAUUACCUCGCUCUCCAGCGAGAUGGGCGGCAAAUAUUAUUGCACGGCUUCAUAUGCUAAUACCGAAAUACUCGAGAAAGGCGUCACGAUUAAAACUUAUGUGGCCAUUACCUGGACAAAUGCGCCAGAGAAUCAAUUUCCAAUACUCGGCUCUGAUUAUGUGGUCAAGUGUGAGGUGAAAGCCGAUCCCAACCCCACCAUUGACUGGCUGCGCAAUGGCGAUCCGAUACGCACUGAUGCCAAGCACGUGGUGCAGACUCAUGGCUUGUUGAUACGCGAUGUGGCCGAAACCGAUGAUGGCAUCUACACUUGCCGUGCCGCAGUCAUUGAGACGGGUGAACUACUGGAGCGUACCAUACGCGUCGAGGUCUACAUUGCACCGGUGAUAACCCAUCUGCCAGCCCAGCUGGAAGCUGUCGAGGGUAAGCCGUUCGCUGCCAAUUGUACGGCCAUUGGCAAGCCCGUGCCGGAAAUAAGCUGGAUCAAGCAAUCGGUGCAGCUGAAUGUGGCCACGGCAGAUCGCUUCAAGGUGAACGCGCAGACGGGUCUGCUGACCAUCAGCUCGGUUACCCAGGAGGAUUACGACACAUACACCUGCAUAGCCAGGAACGGCGCUGGCGUUGUUGAUCAGAAGACCAAACUGAAUGUCCUCGUGCGCCCCUCCGUCUAUGAGCUGUACAAUGUGACGGGUGUCAGUGGCAAGGAAAUUGCCAUCACUUGCCGCUCCAAGGGACGUCCCGCUCCGGCCAUCAGCUUCCGUCGCUGGGGCACCGAGCAGCAGUACACGCCCGGCAUACAACUGGACGACGAGCGCAUCACGCUCGAGCAAUAUUUCGAUGAGGAGCGCGGCGAGAGCACGGGCACACUGCGCAUAGCCCGCUCCCAACGCACCGACGAUGGCCUCUACCAGUGCAUUGCGAGCAACAAGGGCGACACGGCCUAUAAGACGGGUCACAUUGCCGUCGAGUUCCCACCCGAUUUCACGCACAUGAAGGAGCUGCCGCCUGUGUUUAGCUGGGAGCAGCGUAUUGCCAAUCUGAGCUGCCUGGCCAUGGGCAUACCGAACGCCACCAUCGAAUGGCGCUGGAACGGACGCAACGUCAAGGACCUGUACGAUACGAAUUUGAAAAUCGAGGGCACCGGACCACGCAGCGAUCUCAUCGUACAUCCGGUAACCCGUCAAUACUAUUCGGCCUACAAGUGCAUUGCAACCAAUAUCCAUGGCACCGCCGAGCACGACAUGCAGCUGAAGGAGGCGCGUGUUCCCGACUUUGUGGCAGCUGCUGUCCCUCGUCAACUGACGGCUACGACAAUGACCUUUGAUAUCCGUGGUCCGGCCACAGAGCUGGGCUUGCCCAUACUCGCGUUCAGUGUGCAGUACAAGGAGGUGAACAAUCCGGACUGGUCGACGGCUCUGAACCGCAGCUGGUCGCCCGACUCACCCUAUAUCGUUGAGGGCCUGCGUCCACAGACAAUGUACAGCUUCCGGUUUGCGGCCCGCAACCAGGUCGGCCUGGGCAACUGGGGCGUCAAUCAGCAACAGUCGACGCCGCGUCGCUCGGCACCCGAAGAGCCCAAGCCCUUGCAUAGCCCCGUGCAGAAUGAUAAGGAGGAGCCGGUUGUUGUGUCGCCCUAUUCCGAUCACUUCGAGCUACGCUGGGGUGUGCCCGCCGACAACGGUGAGCCCAUCGAUCUCUACCAGAUCAAGUACUGUCCGGGCGUUAAGAUGGCUGGCACCUGGCAUGAGCUAGAGGACCGCUGCAACAUGAUCGAGGUGUCUGAGACCACGUCGUUCCAGAUGACCGACCUAAGUGGCAAUACCUAUUAUCGCAUCGAGCUGAAGGCGCACAAUGCCAUUGGCUAUUCGUCGCCGGCAUCGAUUAUUAUGAAAACGACACGAGGCAUCGACGUCAUUCAGGUAGCCGAACGCCAGGUGCUCUCGUCAGCUGCCAUCGUGGGCAUUGCCGUAGGCGGCGUCCUCCUGCUGCUGUUCGUUGUGGAUCUGCUAUGCUGUGUAACGGUACACAUGGGCGUCAUGGCAGCGAUGUGCCGCAAGGCCAAGCGCUCGCCCUCGGAAAUCGACGACGAGGCCAAGCUGGGCAGUGGACAGCUGGUUAAGGAGCCGCCGCCAUCACCGUUGCCACUGCCGCCGCCAGUUAAGCUCGGCGGCUCACCAGUGACAUCUCAAUUGGACGAAAAGGAGCCUUUGCGCACGCCCACUGGCAGCUUGAAACAGAAUUCAACCAUUGAAUUCGAUGGACGUUUCGUGCACUCACGCAGCGGCGAAAUAAUUGGCAAAAAUUCAGCCGUCUAAGCGAGCUGCAAAUGGGAUGAAACAACAGAGAUGAAGUGCACAAAACUUGCAACAGAGAAAAGUAUUGAACAAAACAACAAAUAAUAGAGAAGAUGAAGCAGCAACUCAACACAUAACUCACCUAUAUAUAUAUGCAUAUAUAUAGAUAUAUAUAUAUAUAUUUACCUGUCGUCUAGCCCACACACACACACAUAAGAAACCAGACAAACUGAAGCCAAAGCUGUGGGAACACCUUUUCAUUGUAUGAUUCUAUGAGUUGAUGUUUAGUUUCCAUAAGUUCUAUCUUAACUAAAUGUCUUAACUAUAUACAAUAUAUAUAUAUAUAUACACGAUAUCUGAAUAGUAUUUUAAGCUCUGUAUACAUUGCAUAACACUCAUCACACAUCAUUUAUGCGUUCAAGUUGCUUCUACUUAGCAUAUUCAUUCGCUGCAAUUAGCUUAAAUUCUUUUGUCAGACUGCAGAACAAUUCAAACACACACACACACAUAUACACAACAAAACCCACACCCACACCCACACGCACACACAGACACACAUUUUUAGCUUAAGAAACUUAAAUUAAUGCCUUACAACAUGAUGGAAAAGAAAACGAGAAAAACAAAAACAAAAUCUAAUAUUAGUUUAACUAACUUAAACAUGCCAUAAAUAAGUUUUAAUAUUAAGUUCAAGCAUAUGCUAUAUAUACACUCACCCACGCACACCCAAAAUUUCGUAGUACUUAAACCACUGAAGAAAAGACUUUCACUUCAACAUGACAAACUACUUGAGAAACCUUUUUAGAUUUUUUUUGUUAACUUAGUUAAGAAUUCGCCUGCAUCUUCGUUUCCUAUUGGU